AAGUGAUGCCUCCCUGCAAAAGCUUCUUGGAGGGAGGGGUCCACGCUCUCCUCCAGCAGCAGGACCGACCCGGAGCAGGGAGCUCCAGACGCGGCUGUGAUCUCAGAGAAGCUCCGUGCGCCAUCGUGGAGCUCCUGGGCCCCGCGGCGCUGCGCUUCCUGCAGCCGGAGAGGAGCUCCGUGGAGCGGGCGCAGAGGCGGAGGCGCGUCGCCGCCAACGCCCGGGAGAGGAGGAGGAUGCUCGGCCUGAACGUGGCCUUCGACCGGCUGCGGAGCGUCAUCCCGGAGCUGCAGAGUCAAAGGAAGCUCUCCAAGUCCGAGACCCUGCAGAUGGCGCAGAUCUACAUCGCGACGCUCAGCGAGCUGCUGCAGGAGGAGGAACCGGAGCAGAGCCGCAAACAGGGGGCCACACCGGGGGCCACACCGGGAGACACCGGGAAGAGCAGCCGUGGCCCGGAGGAGAAGCAGAGGGGCUUUAAUGAGGACACGUGGGGGAGGACCAGCGGCACCAAAUGACUUUUGAAAUACUUUUCUGCAGAAAUGAUUUGUUCGAUGAAGAAAAGGCUUUAGACUCAGAGAUGAUCAGCCUGUAAUGCAACGUUAGUUUCAGCUUACUGCAAAAGAAUCAGUGGAAGUCCAUUUCAGACAUGUCGUAUAUCCUUGAGGAUGUUCCUCUCAUGAACCUGUGUACUCUACAUUUCAGAUUCAGAUAUUGUUUGCUCCAUCUAUUUUACGCCCAGUUGCUUUUUACUUUGAAAACUCCACUAAGGAUUUACAUUGGCAAACUACAAAAUCAAAAUGAUUUUACAUGCAGUUUGAAGCGAUAACAUCUGUAAAUUUAGGAUCAAAACUACAUGUUUCAUUUAAUAACGGAGUGUUUGUGGGUCCUUUGUCCACCACUGACAAUAACUGUGUAUUUUAAAUGUUUAGACUUUUAAACUGAAAUUGGAAUAUAUGUUCCUGCUGAAAAGAUAACCCUCUGAAGAUUCUUUUCUCGUGCAAAACUUUUUUCACUCAUCGUUGAAGAAAUGUGAAAAUGUUGCAGAUAAUAGAAAAUCUGUUUUGGAGAAAAAGGCACUGAAAAUAAUAAUGUAUAUUAA